UCAGCUCGCAGAGCCCGAGCCCGGCGCUACUUGCGAUUUCUCCCAUUUCUCCCCUACAUGCGAAGGUAGUAGACCCUUUUGCUCCGCGCCUGCGAGGCUGGCGGAGCUGGGAGCCCGGCCCGCCUGAGAGGACGCGGAGGUCCGGGGACUGCCCCGCGGCGCCUGCAGAGGCAGCUCCACUGCGAGGGUUAACUGCCGUCCCGGCGGCCGGGCGGGCGCGAAGGCUUCCUUUCGCCCGCCCGGGAACGUGGAUACCGCGCCCGCAGGAUGUUCGCCGGCUGGGCCAGGCAGUCAGGAAACAUGAGAACGCCUCGGUAUUCCUGUUCCCGGGCCGCGCGCGCCCGUCUGGGUAAAUAAAGCCGAGACCACGGCGGUGGCGGCGGUGAGCGCGCUGGAGCCCGCGCGGAGAACAUGCGGCGGGGAUGGGAGUGCGCCUAACCUCGACGCGGGAGAGCCAGCCGCCCUGCCGCCGGCUGCCGGCCCCACUGUCCCAGAACCUGAGCCCUGCGGAGCUCCUGGCGGCCCGGCUCCGAGGCGCUGCGGCUGCACCGGGUGCUUCUGCCAGCCCACACCAUGAACACCAUCGUCUUCGACAAGCUCAGCGGCGCCGUGCUUUUUGAGGACCACGGCGCUGCGGAAAGGGAGCGGGGCGGCCGGCCCUACGGCGGCGUCCUGGACAGUCCCCACGCCCGCCCUGAGGUGGGCAUUUCGGAGGGCCCGCCCCUCAAGGACAACCUCGGCCUGAGACACCGGAGGACCGGGGCCUCGCCACCGCCUCGCGGUUCGCCAAGGUGUUGGGAAGGUCGGCUUUUCGCAGAGUGCCUUAGACGCGCGCGGCUCGCUGGGGCUCGCUGCCAGCCGGGAGGGGUAGGCCGCAGGCCUGCCCGGCCGGAUUUCGGUUUAGCAGGGGCUAGGCAGAAUGGCGGGAAGGUGAGGCACAAGCGGCAGGCCCUACAAGACAUGGCGCGGCCCCUCAAGCAGUGGCUUUACAAACACCGUGACAACCCGUACCCCACCAAGACGGAGAAGAUACUCUUGGCGCUGGGCUCGCAGAUGACGCUAGUACAGGUGUCAAAUUGGUUUGCUAAUGCAAGACGUCGGCUUAAGAAUACUGUUCGACAGCCAGAUUUAAGCUGGGCUUUAAGAAUAAAGUUGUACAACAAGUACGUUCAAGGAAAUGCUGAGCGGCUUAGUGUAAGCAGUGAUGAUUCAUGUUCCGAAGAUGGAGAAAACCCUCCAAGAAACCACAUGAAUGAAGGGGGCUAUAAUAAUCCAGUUCACCAUCCUGUGAUUAAAAGUGAGAGCUCAGUCAUAAAAGCUGGAGUGAGGCCAGAGUCACGGGCCAAUGAGGACUACGUGUCACCCCCAAAAUACAAGAGCAGCUUGUUGAACCGUUACCUUAACGACUCUUUGAGACAUGUCAUGGCCACAAAUGCUGCCAUGAUGGGAAAGACAAGGCAAAGAAACCAUUCUGGCUCUUUUAGUUCUAAUGAAUUUGAGGAAGAAUUAGUGUCUCCCUCGUCAUCAGAAACCGAAGGCAACUUUGUCUAUCGCACAGACACUCUGGAAAAUGGAUCCAAUAAGGGUGACAGUGCAGCUAAUAGAAAGGGACCAAACAAGGAUGACACAUACUGGAAGGAGAUCAAUGCAGCUAUGGCCUUAACAAAUCUUGCACAGGGAAAAGACAAACUGCAGGGAACUACCAGCUGCAUCAUCCAGAAGUCAUCACAUAUAGCAGAAGUAAAGACAGUCAAAGUGCCACUGGUUCAACAAUUUUAAGAGUUAUCGCUUUUCAGAUCAAUGGCUAUUCUUCACGUUGGUGUUUUUCUUUCAUAAAUUUUCAUCUUAAGAGCCAAAGCAGGAGUGAAAAUGACUCCCUUUCAAACCUCUUCUUAUUUUUAAAUAUCCUCAAUAUAUCACUUAGUUGCUUCUGUAAAAGACAUAUAAAUUAUAAAAAAAACUCACUUUAAUCAAAAGUAUUAACUUAUUUUAUGUUACUCAAACUAUGCAUACAAGUGUCUGCAUUGCCAUUACAGUAAGUGCCUUGCUUCCCGAAAAUAAGCUACAACGUGGGCACAGCAGAGCAGCUAUGCCUCAAAAUGACAGUGCCCGUAAGGCUUAUUAGUCUGUGUUUGUCAUUCCAGAUGGACUUGACCAUUCCAGGACUGAAACCAUAAUUGCCGAAAGCCCUUGAAAUGUAUUCAACAAUUCACAUGUUAAAACUUGGAAAUCUAUUCAGCCCAAAUGAAAUGUUUCUUUAAAAAAAAAAACAAAACCUUUUUCUGUAUUUAAAAUUGUUCGGUGUGCUUUAUAGAGCGACAGUGAGAAUUUUAUGCAUGUAUCUUGCCUGCAUAUCUGAUAUGUUACAAAUUUCCAAAAUGAAAGGUGUAGUGAUCACAUGUUGUGUAUAUUUAAGAAAAAUCGCAAUGAACACAGUGUGAUCAGAAAAACUUUUUCCAAGCACUGCUGCAAAAUACUGCAGUGCCCUUUAGAAUUAAUUUGGAUUUUCUUUUUCUCAAGUUUUGCUGAACUUCUAAAAAAUUUAUUAUAUAGGUAAUUCAAAAUUUUUCUUUGUAGAACUAAACCCAUAGUUUAGUUUUAAAACAUAAUCCUGUUUGCAUUAAAGUUUGGUAUUUUUUUGUGAUGGAAGUUGUUUUUCAUAUGGAAUGGCUAAAAACCUUUUACUUGGUUCAUUUCAAAUUACAAUUGCUGAUGGGCAAUUUAUAUUGCAAUGAGAACAAGACAAGGAAAGAAAUGUAUCUCUGUGAAUAUGCAUAUACACACGUAAAAUUGAUUUUUAAAUUUAAAACAUAUGGAAAACAAAACAUUGAACAGUCUCUGAAUUUUGCCAAGUAGGACAUUAAAGUAAAAAUUAAGUGAAACCGUGCAUUAAAAGAAAGAACAUUUUGUUUCUAAAUUAGACUAUCACUGAGUGAAAAUAAUCAAUAUCGAGAAAGAAGAAUAUGUUUUUCAAUCAAACAAUAAUAUUCUAAUCAGCUUGGGGAGACUUGAAACUUGGAUAAACAGUAGAGACGCCAAGCAUAACAGCGUAUAUGUGCUGCAGAGAAGUAAAAAGGAUUUGACUCUUUUAUGGUGGGAUGUUUUUUUCUGCGUAUGUAAUCUAUUUUGUAAUUUUUUUGUUUUAAACUGGAAAGCAUUUUUGUGAGUGUGAAUGAGAGCCAGUAGUGCAGCCAUGUGGUGACAUUUUUCUUUAUUUUGCAAAAUGCUUUUAAAACCAAAGGCUGCUCUAGUUGAUAUAUGGACAUUACCAAUCUUGAUAUAAAUCGUAGGACACUUUUUCAUGUAACAAAGCAUUUGGGGAUUGGGUUUAUUUAGUGUAAUGAAGAUAAUUUGAUAUAAAAUAUUUUGUAUAUAUAUAUAUUUUUACUUUGUUUUCUAAAUUGCUGUUUGCAGUAACAGUAAGUGCAAAGCAAGAUAUGUAAGUUAUGACUGUAUGAUCAGAUGAAGUAUGAGUUCCUUUGGUUUACAUCCUUAAGUAAUUACAGAUCCAUGAUAAAAAAACCUUUUGAAUCUUUAUAAAAUAGUUUUGCCAAAAUGGUAUCAUGUCAAUGAGAACUAAAGACAAGUACUUCAUUCUUUUUCAUACUAUUAUAAGUUAUUCUGGUAUGAAAUAUUUUAAUAAAAUUGUUUUUGUUUGGACUAUUUUGGUUAGAUGAAUGGAUGCUGGUUUUUUAUUUGAAUUAGUCAUAAUUCACUUUUGCCAUCUUUUUAAAAGAAUCAGCAAAUUUGUUCUAUGUUGUAAACUAUGGAUGACAAGCCAAUAUAGGACAGUUAUUCACAUGAUUUUUUUUUUUUUUUUUUAAAUACGAAAGCUUGGAGUCUGGCCUAGAAACACAUCAAGAAGAUUUUAUAAUUAACACAUCCUUGGCAAUAUCUCCAAUUGCAAUUAAUUUUAAUUUAUUUUUUCUUUUGCUGCUUUAACAUUUUCUGGAAAUUGAAGUCAUCCUUUAAAAGAAUCUUGAACAAUGCUGAGCCAGCAGCUGAGAAUCUAACUCAUAAUUUAUGUUGUAGAGAAAUAGAAUUACCUCUAUGCUUUGUUUUGCCACAUGUAAUCAUUUCAAUAAAAUUAAUAACUGCCAGGAGUUCUUGACAGAUUUAAAAUAAAAGUUAAUUUCUAGACCUCAA